AUGAGCUUCGUCACCCGCCGUGCGCUCUCUACCCUCAUUCCCCCCAAGGUCGCCUCUCCCAAGGCCCUUGGCGGUGCUCCCGAUGCUGUCGCCAUGAAGCGCGUCGUCUCCUUCUACGAGAAGCUCCCCCGCGGUCCCGCUCCCGAGAUCAAGGCUUCCGGCUUCUGGGGCAAGUACCAGGCCAAGCACUUUGGCAAGAACCCUACCGCUAAGCCCAUCGUUCACGCCAUUGUCGGUCUCCUGAUCGUCGGUUAUGCCCAGAACUACUACUUCCACCUCCGUAAGUUUUCCCGAUCAACCCAACUUGGACUGUCAAUUUUUGGACAGUCCAGGAACUAG